AUGGACAUCUUCAAUCGGAAAGACCAACACUGCUACAGAAUAGUAAUUGAAAACCUGUACCAUACCGUACCGCAUAGUGCAAUAAUUGAAGAAAUUGCGAAGACGGACAACAAGGUCGCUAGAGAAAUAAUCAAUGUCAGAUUUGGUGCAGAUAACAUUCCCACUUCAACUUUCUUUGUGAACAUUACACCAGGACUUAACAAUACUGCUGUAAAACAGAUUUCCAGUAUACACCACCAGAAGGUGGUGUUUGAUCGAUUUCUUUACCACAAUAGCAGAUCCAACGUGACCAGUCCUGUAAGGGUGUUGAAUCGUAUAGACGUUAAACUCACUUUACUUUUCAAGCGCGAGAUUCCGGUGGUGAACUAUACCAUCCACUCAGUGCACUGUGCGCGCAAUUUCGGGAUGUGUCCCGUCUGUAAGGAGCCCGUGCCGCUCGCGGGACUAGAAAAUCACCAUGACAAAAUGCACAAACUACUGCCCUGUAAGCAGUGUGGAGAGAAAGUAUGCGGAACUGACAUGGAAGAUCACAUAAGGGAUUCGUGUGCACACACAAUAAAAUCAUGCAGGUUCUGCGAGUUGGAGCUGUUACGUCGCGAGCUUCCUCUUCACGAGGGUUACUGCGGUGCGAGGACCGAACAGUGUCCAGACUGCAAAGAGUGGGUCAUGCUCAAGUAUAGACAGUUGCACAUCGAUUCAAACCAUGGGUUUCUGCGGCUCGACGAUGACCCUACCCCAGUGCCCAAACGAGAAACAGCAAAGAUCACAAAUGUACCCAAACGAGAAAGCGAUCACAGAUGUACCCAAACUGGGAGACUGGCCCAAACUGCCGACCCACAGUAA